AUGGCUGAUGAAAUUGCAUCAGCAAUGGAGCAGGAAAUGGUGGAAGAACAGGCUAUAAAGUGCCCAAGGCCUUCAGCAAAGAGGCAAAGGAAAGGAUCUCCUGACGCCCGAGAAGAAACAGAUAAAGAACGUGUAGACGAUAGUCUUCUGCAAGAUGCACGUAGAAUCAAAGAAAACAUCAGGGUCUACAUGAACGCAACAGACAGGAACGUGAGUGCGAAGGUACAAAAGCACGUUAAUGGGAAAAUUCAGCAGUUAAUAGAUAUAAUGGAGACAAUAUAUGAUAAGAACUAUGAAAAAACGUUUUUAGUACAACGUGUGGUAAAGGACACAUUAGCUUCCUCUGAAAUGUAUGAUAUCAUAGUAAAUGCAUUAGUGGAAAAAGCAGUACCUAUGGUUAUCGAGGGACUCAAGUCGGAAAGUAAAACCAUACAAAGACCACUGUCAGAACCUCAGACAUCUCGGGAGUUUCCAUGCGUUAAAGAACAACCGCUAUUAGCCGAUGCCCACGCUAUUAUUGAGACCACGGAGAAUGAAAGUUUCCAGGAAGGAUUCUUAGUAUUUAAUUUUUCCCUCUUUUGUAG